AUGCCACACAAGUCUCGCUGGCAAAUCGACAUCCCCAACGGUCACCUCGCCUCGCUCCUCCUUACAUCCCCAACAGCACCACUCUCCCAAUCACAAAAAUGCUACCUCGAUGCUGCCCGCCCAGACACCCACUAUUUCACCCCCCAUGAAUUUCGUCUCUGGAGCCAGCGCUUCGCUGCCGGCCUCCGCAAGUCCGGCCUCCAGCCUGGUGACCGCGUGCUCCUCUUCUCGGGCAACGACUUGUUUUUCCCAGUCGUCUUCAUGGGCAUCAUCAUGGCUGGUGGGAUCUUCACCGGCGCGAACCCAACCUAUGUCGCCCGCGAGCUGGCCUUCCAGCUCCAAGACAGCGGCGCCACGUAUCUAAUCUGCGCCGCCACCAGCCUCGACACUGGUAUCGAGGCCGCCCGGCUGGCCGGCCUCAAGCGCGAGCAAGUCUUCGUCUUCGAUAAUGCUCUUUACGAAGGGCGCGGGGCCUCGCAGAAAGGCUGCCGGCACUGGGGGGAACUGGUCGCGUCGGAGGCCGAAGGGCGCGGGUUCGCGUGGGAUGCGCUGGACACGCCGGCGCUGGCCGACACCACGCUGGCGUUGAACUACUCGUCCGGCACAACAGGCCGGCCCAAGGGCGUUGAAAUCACACACAAGAACUACGCAGCCAACAUGAUGCAGUAUGCGCACAUGGGGACGCUGCACCCGGACUGGGAGGCGCGCCGGGCGCGCGCCCGCUGGCUGUGCUUUCUGCCGAUGUACCAUGCCAUGGCUCAGAGUAUCUUUAUCUCGGUGGCACUGUUGCGCGGGACGCCCGUGUACAUUAUGCCCAAGUUCGAUUUUCUUCAGAUGCUGGAGUAUACGCAGGCGUAUCGAAUUACGGAUCUCACGCUUGUGCCGCCGGUGGUGGUCAUGCUGGCGAAGCAUCCAGCUGUGAAGAAUUAUGAUUUGAGCAGUGUGGAGUCGGUGGGGAGCGGUGCAGCGCCAUUGGGAAGGGAGGUUUGUGUGGAAGUGGAGAAGCUGUGGCCGGAGGGAAAGAUCAAUAUCAAGCAGGGCUGGGGCAUGACUGAGGCCACAUGUUCCGUCCUUGGCUGGGAUCCGACGGAAAAGUCACUCUCUGCAUCUGUCGGGGAGCCUAAUGCUAACUGCGAGGUCAAGAUCAUGCGCGAAGAUGGUACUACCGAGAUCACUGCGCGCAACGAGCGCGGCGAGCUGUGGGCACGCGGGCAGAACAUCAUGAAGGGCUAUUGGCGCAAUCCGGAGGCUACCAGGCAGACCAAGACGCCGGACGGAUGGCUCAGAACCGGCGACAUUGCAUAUGUGGAUGACCAGGGCAAAUUCCAUGUCGUAGACCGGAUGAAGGAGUUGAUCAAAGUCAAGGGCAAUCAGGUUGCACCGGCAGAGUUGGAAGCACUGCUACUGGAACACCCGGCGGUGGCAGACGUUGCCGUCGUGGGAGCUGCGAUAAACAACGACGAGCGCCCUCGUGCCUACGUCGUCCUCAAACAGGGCCAGUCCACUACCGCCGACGAAAUCGUCCGGUUCAUGGAUGGCAAGGUCUCCGCUACGAAGCGGAUCACCGGUGGGGUGGUCUUCCUCGACGCCAUCCCCAAGAACCCGUCCGGCAAGAUUCUCCGCAAAGUCCUGCGCGAACAGGCUGCGGCGGAGCUGAAGCAGGUGGCGCAUGGUGGUGCUACAGCGAAGCUGUAG